AAACCAACAAAAUAAUGGCAGACUCUAAGUACGUAAUCCAGUGAGUCGAGUUUCGUGAUCGCGAGUGAAUCGCUGGACAGCUAGGUCAUGUACCUCCGAUGAAACCUUUUUAGACGCAAGAAAACAAUGGGAUUUUAAAUUAUCAACCCCCGCUGAUGUUGUGACAAAUUCAGCUUCUAGACCUUGCAGAUAAAGAAUAAGCUUAUGUUGCCGCAAUCAAUGCAUACAGAUACAAAUCAAUUGCUUAUAGGCACCGAUCGAUGCAUAUAGAUACCAAUAUGGCCUCUGCUGCAACACUCUCAAUUUCGGAUCGUAACAGUUUACCGAAGGAUGUACCACUAAAUAGUCGCAAUAGCCCAGCUAAACUUAACGUUACUAAGAAUAUCAAUGCUAACGUUAGUACUGGAGAGUUUGCAAAUAGUGUGCUCUCAUUAGAAGAUGGUGAAGACAUCGACCUUAGCUCACCGAGACCGAUUAUCAAAUCAGAAACUACGUCUUCGAUUCCACCCCCAACUAAUAACAACAAUGCUUUGACCAAUGGCGUUCAAGUAGCCAUAAAUGGAAAUCAGCGACGAGGGUUCUUACAGGGCCUUUGGGGAUGUUUACGCCCAGUGUGGACAAUCAUUGGUAAAGCUGCUGUCGCUGAGAAGCUUGCCCGAGAUGAUUGGGAGAUACCAUUUGAAGAUAUUCGUGGUCUACAAUGGCUAGGGAGUGGGGCUCAGGGGGCGGUGUUUUUGGGCACGCUCAGGGGAAACCAAGUUGCUGUGAAGAAAGUCAGAGAUGAGAAGGAAACGGAUUUGAAGCAUCUUCGAAGGUUAAACCAUCCAAAUCUAGUGGCCAUUAGGGGUGUUAGUACUCAGGCUCCGUGCUUUUGUAUUAUUAUGGAAUAUUGUCCGUACGGACAGUUGUAUGAAGUCCUGCGGGAAGGCCGGGAAAUCCCACCGAAGUUAAUGGUGGAUUGGACCAAACAAAUAGCGACCGGAAUGCACUACCUCCACUGCCACAAAAUCUUGCAUCGUGAUCUCAAAUCUCCGAAUGUUUUAGUUGCAAAUAAUGACGUUGUAAAGAUAUCUGAUUUUGGAACGAGCCGGCAAAUUAAUGAGAAGAGCACAAAGAUGUCGUUUGCUGGUACAGUGGCGUGGAUGGCUCCCGAGGUAAUUCGCAAUGAGCCGUGUUCCGAGAAAGUAGAUGUUUGGUCAUUUGGCGUAGUACUUUGGGAAUUGUUGACGGGCGAAAUGCCAUAUAAGGAUGUGGACUCAUCUGCAAUCAUCUGGGGUGUGGGUAGCAACAGUCUACAGUUGCCCAUUCCGUCUACUUGUCCAGAUGGGUUCAAGCUCCUUAUGAAGCAGUGCUGGAAUGCUAAGCCCAACAACAGGCCGUCAUUUCGGCAGAUACUGAUGCAUAUUGAUAUCGCGGCUGCUGACUUCCUCUCAACUCCGCAAGAGGCCUACUUUGAUAAACAGGUUGACUGGAGGGUGGAAAUCAAGUUGCAAUUUGAGAAAAUGAAAAGUGAAGGAACCCAGCUACAACGGAUGGAUGAGGAUCUGAUCAGACGUCGCCGAGAUGAACUCAGACAUGCUCAGGAUAUUCGGGAACACUAUGAGAAGAAGUUGCAAAGGGCCAAUAAUUUGUACAUGGAGCUAAGUGCAUGUCUGCUGCAAUUAGAGCAGAGAGAACUGGAGCUUGUCAGGAAAGAGGCUAUGAUGGCGCAAACAGUUUACAAGAACAAGAAAAAAGGCGGAAAAAUUCCAUUAAAAGCGACCACACCAACCAUGGAAAAGAUCAUUCAACGUAGUCUGAGGGCUAAUGGUCAGGCACACCUUGCGAGGUAUGCUACUUACUCCGGCUCUCCAAGUCACACAAAUAUGUUUAAAAGCCCUGAGAACUUAUCACCACAAGGAGCUACAGCCUCGAGGGACACUCCAUCAACCUCCACAACUGUUUCACCCACACGCGUACGCAGUCAACGGAAAACGCGACACAAGAGGACCAACAGUCGGAGCAAGUCUGUCCUCUCACCUCUUAGCAUGCAGAACUUAUCCCAAGGGCUCCCAGAAACAGAUAUCGUGCAGGGAAAUUCAUACAAACGCGGCCAUGAGGAGAGCGGCGGUUGCACUGACAUGACGUCAGAUGGGGAUGAAAUUCGCGAACAAGUUCAGACACAGACUGAAAAUUUUAAGUAUUUCGGGCCAUAUGCUGCCAUCAGGCAGCCAGAACUGGACCAAACGGUGGCCAAUAACUUGAACAAUUCACGCUCUUGUAGCAAACAGUAUUCACCUGGUGAACAACCAACGAAAGGUUUGCAUCGUGGCGAUGAAAAGAAUCUAUUAAACAUCCCACCUGCAUCCAAACAGUGCUACCGUCGCAGUAUUAGCGACGAGAUGAAUAGCAAUACUGCAACAGCGGAUCCUUUGCCCUCAUCCUCGCAUGCACAUUCCAAUGAAAAUGAGGCUGAUGUUUUACCGAGCACUUAUAUAGGGUCAAGGUUAGCCACACCAAAAUCUGUAGAGAGCCCAAUGAGGAGGUCGCAGAGUGGAAGUUUCAGAGGCUCGAGAAGAAGUCCGACAUCACAGCGAAACAUUCCACAUUCAAAGAGUUGUGAUAGUUCAAGCAGUGAUGAUGAGGAGGACUUAAAAACACCAGUCAGGGAAAGAAGACACUCACCAUCUAGUAUUAAAUUAAAUAGUAAACAAGUAGAAACCGAUGAUAGCACUGACGACAACCUAACAGAGAAGAAGGGAUCACAGGUUAGGUGUAGACUAGAUGAUGAGAAGGAUGGUCCAGUUGGUCGACGAGGGCUCAGCUACACCCCGGACAUCCCCGACAUCGGCAACAUUAUGUCAGAUGGAUUGUCAGAUAAGGAACAAGUGGUAAAACGGGUCAUGAAGCAAUUUUCUAAGGAUCAGGUAUACCAGGCUGAUUUACAGACAAGCGAUUCAGAACCAGAAGUAAGUUCUGAUGAUGAAGAUGACCAAGAACGUCAGAUCAAUGUAGCGCCACCAAAGCGUCAAGAGAGUCUAAAUGCCACCUGGUAAUUAUUCAGCAAAACAAGCAUACAACCUGGCAACACUGUUCAUAGGAUACCUUCCUUUAAAUAUCACAUCUUUUAGAAAAGAUGGGUAGAAAACGAAGUUCAGUCAUUUUAGCUCUGAAUCAAUUCUAAUUUAAGUAUAAAAUUUUUACGCAACUUGGCAAUGAAAUACAUUCCCUGUUCAUGUCAUACUACUGGAGACUAUAUGUCUCAACAUCAAGCAACGUUCACUUUGUAAAAUCAUCAGGUACAAUCGAACAACCUAGGUUUAUUCUUGUCUUCAGUAAAAGUUUACUACAUGUGUUUGCUGCCCUCGCUCAAAGAAGAUGGUCAGAAAAUGAGAUGAAAUUCACAUUCUAAGUGAUGAUGUGUGCUUAUAGGUGUGUGCAAGUGUCAAUAAUUAAGAAGUGUAUUAUUGAGCCGUGUGUUCUCUGAUUGGCCAACCUACUGAAAUUGGCCACUCUAAAAAAGAUAUAUACUAGUGAAGUAACAAAGAAGCAUGAGUUUCCUGCCUAAGGCUUCUUUGGUCCCUACUACCCGAGGCUCCAGGACAUGCUGGACGCCAGUGGAGUAUAGACUAAAAAUUUUACUUCUUCUUAAGGGGCCUCCACUUGGCCGACUUGGGGCCCACGAUCCUGCAAAAAUAUGCUGAUUACUAUCAGAGAGCCCCAUAAGUUGUAGGCUCUGGCUUUAGCCAGUGAGAGCUCAUGUGUUACGCUGAUGAAUACACUUUAAAUACUAUGUAAUAAUAUCUUUAAGUGGCCGAGCAUGUUUUAGCCAAUCAGAGAAUUGCUGGCCCAUGGAUGUACAGUAUAACCUGCCGAGUAUGUGGAGAUUUUAUUUGUGAGGAAGAGGUGUCUGAUAAGCAUGGGUGUCAGUUGUGUGUAGGGGUUUAGCUGUUUGUAGGGGUUAGGGAUUAUCUGUGUGUAGGAGUGUCAGCUUGUGUGUAGGGGUUAGCUGUGUGUAGAGGUUCUGCUGUGUGUUAAGUUUAUAGAUGUGUGUGGGAACAUGUGAGAUUUGUAUGUUUAUUAGAGUGUGUAAUUCCACAUAAGAAUCAAUGAAUGAUGCCUUUUAAAACCUAUUUUGUUGUAUGUAUAAAAUAAUAUUAUAUUCAUAAAUAAGAUAACAUUUAAUCAAAGCAGAAAAGAUUUUGGUUAAUUAUAAACUGGCCAUGACUGCUAAUAUCUAUGUUUCUGUGUGCUAUAUUUAAAUAAAACCACAGAAAAUAUUUCAAGUUAUGUAUUAAUGUUCUUUAAUUAAUAACAAAAUAUUUCGGUAUCAUCAUUGAAUAAUAUUGAUUUACCAGUCAUAAUCAAUGUAAAUUGUUUGAAUAUGUAAUUUUCAUCUAGGUGUGUUCUUUAGCAUAGAAUCAUUGUUAGGUCAUCUCCCAAACCUCUUGUUAAGUGAAACAGUUAGAAUAUAAGAGGUUUUCCCAGUGGAAUUUCUGCUAACUGGAGAUGACUGAAUCAAUUAUAUAAUACCUCAUCUUUUCUCAACAAAAUUUUGAGCAAUGGAAUCCAUAUUGGAUUUUGUACAGUUUUAUAUUUGUAAUGUCGGAUAACGUAUCUAGCACCAGAAGAAUCAGGCUAUUGUUAGAUAUACAUAACAAAGCACAGUAAUUAUUCCUCAUUGAAUGUUGUGUUAGGAUGCGAUUAAUGAUUGUUUUCAAGUUCAGAAAUACUCCAUUUUAGUGAAUUUUAGUGUGAUGUAUGGGGUGUAAAUUGUCUUUUGGACAUACAAUGUUAAACAAUACACCUCAACCUGGUGCAUACAAUAAAUCAAAGUCAUAUUUUAAUUGAUCAUUAUUCAAUAGCAGAUAAAUCUAUAUAUAUAUAUAUAUAUAAUUUAUCAUUUCCUAAUGUAUUCUGUAAUUGCUAAUUGCUGCUAAUUAGCGUUGUUUUCUUGAUGAACAACCAACAUAUGAAGAUAAUAAUGUUAUACUGAAUAUAUUAAAACAGAUUUGUAAACUGGUUUACAGGUGUGAAAAACAGGUCAAAGCAGUUGUAACUAUUCUAACCAAGGCUGAUAACCAUUAACAUAUUCAUCAUUUAUAAAUUAUGUGCUAUAAAGAAAUUGUAUUUCAUUUGUUCAUACUCUUAAAAAGUAUUCUCAGCGUACAUUCAAAAUUCUUUUUAAAUGUUAAGUUGUCUAUUUUCAUUCUAAUUUAUAUGUAUUGAAUCCAUAUUUUUAUUAGCAUAUGCUUUUAUUUAUAUCAAUUGCAUAUGUAAUGAAGCAUAAUUGAAUAUUUGUUGCAAUUUGCGGAUAUUUAUGUUAAUUGUUUUGGCAAAAGCAUUGCAUAGACAUUUUUUUUAUUUUCUUUUUAGAAUAAAGCUAAAUGUAUUCUUAAAAUUGAUAAAAACCAAUACAUUUAAAAAAAUAUUUUUCUGUGCUGCUAAAACGUUUCAGAGACGAUAAUGAAUUUUCACUAAAAAUUCUAAGACAUACUGUAUUUUAAAAAUCAUUGACUUUUUUAUGAUUAUUACAAAUUAAAUUGUGCAAUGAAAAUAUGUAUUAUUAGGUCUGAAGAAUUACAAACUAAAAAUUAGGCCUAAAAUAGUAGGAAUGGUAAAUUGGUCAUUAAAAGUAGAGGAUGUUUGAGUAAAACAUGAUUAAGGAAAGGGAGGUUUAAAUGAAAUGUUAGAGGUCUAACAGUAAAUACUAGUAAUCCUAUGAUGCCAAAAUUCCCAAACAAUUAAUUUAACAAUGUUUUUUGCAUCCAUCCUGAAAUUGUUAUAUCACAGUAGUGUGCUAAAUGCGUGUUUUGGUUCCAGUAGUUUCUUUGGCCAGUGCAAUUGUUCAUACGAGCAUUCCAGUGAUAUUGUCGUAAUAAGCAUUUGCAAAUUUAAUUAAAAUUUUUUUUUUACUAAAGAAAAAUAAUAAUGUCUUUCCUAAAACAUAGAAAAUGGAGAAAAUGAUUUUGUAAGUUUUUAUCCAUUUUUAUCUUGUCGAGUAUCAUAAGCAUCAAGAGGCAUUGGUUGUUACAACAAGGACAAAAUGAGCAUUAGGGUGGGAAUGGGCAUUUUGGAGGAGUGGAUGUUAACAGUGGCGGCUCUAGGAUAUAUUUUCUGGGGGGGGGGGCUAAGUUGUCCGACAGGGGGACUUGAGCUCUUAGGCUCGAGCUGGGAGAAGGGGUUGGGAGUGGGUUCCCCCUCCAAAAUGA